GCACGGUUAAGAAGGAAUCCAUCCAUGGCUGUAGUCGAAGCCGGCUCCGUGGUCGCAAGAUCCCUAUUGAAACGGAGUGCGGGAGAAUAAUGUCGUCCCGCUCAGACAGUGGGAGCGGGGAGGACUCGUUGGACCGGCUCCUGCCCCCCGCGGGGGCCCCUCGCAGGAAGAGCACCUCACUGAAUACAACUGAGCCUCCUCUGCUCCGCACAGGCACGCGCACCGUCUACACCGCCGGCCGACCUCCCUGGUAUGACGAGCACGGAGCGCAGUCAAAAGAGGCCUUUGUCAUCGGGCUGUGUGGGGGCAGCGCCUCAGGGAAGACCACCGUGGCCAAUAAGAUCAUUGAGGCUCUGGAUGUGCCGUGGGUUGUGCUGUUGUCUAUGGAUUCUUUCUACAAGGUUUUAUCCUCAGAGGAGCAGACUCUGGCAGCAAGUAACGACUACAACUUUGAUCAUCCGGGGGCAUUUGACUUUGAGCUGCUGGUUGCCACCCUGCGAAAGCUGAAGCAGGGCAGGAGUGUGAAGAUCCCGGUGUAUGAUUUCACCACCCACGGGAGACAGAAAGACUGGAAAAAUGUGUACGGUGCCAGUGUAAUCAUAUUUGAAGGAAUUAUGUCUUUUGCAGACAAAGAGCUUCUUCAGCUCCUGGAUAUGAAAAUCUUUGUGGACACAGACUCAGACAUUCGGCUGGUGCGCCGGCUGCGCAGGGACAUCACAGAACGCGGACGGGACAUUGAAGGCGUCAUCAAGCAAUACAACAAGUUUGUGAAACCGGCCUUUGAGCAGUACAUUGAGCCAACCAUGAGGCUGGCUGACAUUGUUGUGCCGAGAGGUGGUGGGAAUAUGGUGGCCAUUGAUCUGAUAGUCCAGCAUGUUCACAGCCAGCUGGAGGAACGUGAGCUCACUGUCAGGGCGCUCCUGGCCUCCGCUCAGCAGACUCAGCCGCUGCCCCAGACGCUCAGCGUGUUGGAGAGCACGCCGCAGGUCAAAGGCCUGCACACCAUCAUCAGGAAUAAAGAAACCAGUCGAGAUGAGUUUAUCUUCUACUCAAAGAGAUUAAUGCGUCUUCUCAUAGAACAUGCACUGACGUUUCUACCAUCUCAGUCGUCUGUAGUCCAGACUCCACAGGGCUAUGAGUACGAGGGCCGCAGUUACAACGGGAAAGGGAUCACCGGUGUGUCGGUCCUUCGGGCGGGAGAGACCAUGGAGCCCGCCCUGAGGGCCGUGUGCAAGGACGUCCGCAUCGGCAAGAUCCUCAUCCAGACCAACAUUGACUCAGGCGAACCAGAGCUGCAUUACCUGCGUCUGCCCAAAGACAUCAGCGAAGAUCAUGUCAUCCUAAUGGACAGCACGGUCUCCACCGGAGCUGCUGCCAUGAUGGCAGUACGAGUCCUAUUGGAUCACGAGGUGCAGGAGGAAAAUAUCGCCUUGGUGUCGCUGUUGAUGGCGGAGCUCGGGGUUCACUCUGUGGCCUACGCCUUCCCAAAGGUCAAAAUCAUCACCACCGCUGUGGACAAGAGUCUGGACGACUUGUUACAUGUAGUUCCCGGUAUCGGGGACUUUGGGGACCGGUACUUCGGGACAGACGGGUCCAACAGCUGGAGUGAUGAGGACCACGAGCAGCCGUCAUGCUGACAUACACACAUCUGUGAGCCACUGUGAAAGAAAAUACACUACUUGAAAACACCCAUUAUUGUGCAUCCUCCCCUCCAGACAGAGACCAGCAAAAAAAAAAAAAAAAAAAGUUAUAUAAAAUUUUUGCAUACAUGGACUUUUGUACUCUUAUACAACAGAUGAGUCUCAGUCGAGUUGUAUGCAGGAGGGAUAUUUUGUUGUAUUUACAACUGAGUGUUCAUAAUUUUCAUAAAGAAGGGUCACAGAGGUGAAACAAUGCCAUUGCCUUUGAGGUACAAUAAUGCAAUAACAAUAUUAUUAUAUACUACAUGUUUUUAUCCGGGAUUGCACCAACUGUUCGUAAAUGGGAUUAUUAGUCAUUACUCGAUAUUUUCAAACUAGUAAUUUACUUAAUUGGGUUGCACCGUUAAAAUUCAACUAUGUGUAAAUUGGUUGCUAGCAAACAUGUAAAACAGUCCUACCGCGAUCAACUGUGAAAAGUCCCCCAACUGACGUUAUUAGCGGUAUACUGUGUUAUUUUUGUGAAAUGUUAUUUAAAAGCUUUAGUUUACAUCAUCGAGUGUCAGGUCAGAUGUGAUCCUAGGUGUGUUCUGGGCGUAACAUGCAAUAAACCAA